AAUAACAUCACCGUAUUAAAUACAGUUACGACGUCGGUUUAUGAUUACCCGACCACAUGCAUAGACCUGAACCUUUUUUUCUUUUAUCAUCUCAAAAACAAAACUCUGGAAUUUGUUUCUCAGUUUGCUUUCAGAUUGCCCGAUUGUAUCACUAGCUCUUAAUCAAUGAGGAAAUCAGUGAAUCGGCCACCAACACCAGAGGAUACAGUGGAAGAGCAGGAGGAUCAAGAGAAACAACCGACCCUUCAAGAAAUAAUUAAAAUUAAGUUGAUUGAGAGUGGAGAGAAGGAAAGAUUAAUGGAGCUUUUAAGAGAAAGGCUUAUUGAGUGUGGAUGGAAAGAUGAAAUGAAAGCUCUUUGCAGGGCAUUUAUAAAGAAGAAAGGAAAGAACAAUGUUACUGUGGAUGACCUUAUACAUGUAAUUACACCUAAGGGCAGAGCCUCUAUUCCUGAUUCCGUAAAGGCCGAGCUGUUGCAAAGAAUCCGUUCUUUUCUCGUUCAAGCUGCUGUUUGAUAUACCACCCCAAUUCCCAAAUAGUUUAGAAGUAGGAAAGCUGAAGCUGUUGAUGAAUGGAAUGGAAGGUUUGUUUACUGUUGUGACGUUGAGGUCUCUUGAAGAGUGGAGGCAGCUGUGAUUUACUUUAAAAUAUGCAUGUUGAAAACGAAGGGAAUGGGAUAUCAGUGUGCUUCAAGCUUGAAGGAAGAUUCAUGAUCUUAUAGCUUUUAACCAUAAAAUCCGAAGAUUCUCGCACGUGUUAUGUUUGACAAUAUAAAUAUUUACACGUGUCAGACUAUUCUGUUAUUUUUCUGUAUGAUACUCUACUGCCAUUUUCAAAAUGAAGCUACUUGAUUAGGAA